AUGUUCGAGGAACAGCGGCCCAGCAUAUGCACUUCGCCACAGUCGACACACCGGCCUCAAACGCAUCACCAAAACUUCAGGCCCGGAUCGCGGAAAAACAGACGCAGCGCGGACCACAGCACUCUUGUUGCAAUCGGAUCAUGGAGUAGCCACAAAACCGGCAAUGGAGAUGGCCACGCUCUGUCCAACAGCAGGAGCGAAUCUACCCGGUACGAGAAUGGGUUGUCUUACCAGCAUGCGCUGUAUGAAGAUUUCCUUCUCUUCCCCGAGGAGGGCCACACCGAUGACUUCGAGGACGUCUCGGCCUACACCGAGCAGCCGUCAGCACAGCUGCCCCCCCGUAUCCCCAGGUUCCGCACCCCCGACAUCGCGCCGCUAUCCACAGACGUCCAAUUCUUCCCCUGCCUAGGCGACGAGCCCGACGAGGAUCGGAUCAACGAGGCGUGGUACCUCGCCGGCCGUGACAGGGUCUUGUCUCAAAUGGAAGAAGCCAUGGCUUACAUGUCAAUCGUAGGAGGGCGUUGA